AGUUUAACAAAUAUUUUCUUUAUUAUGAACACAUUAGAAUAAAAAGUAUAAUUAAACUGUAAAUAUCAUCCUUAGAAUCCUUCAAAGUAUUUGCAAAUAUGUAGGGAAAGUUUCAGCUUAAUACCUAUUUGCUCUACUUGCACGAAAAUAAAAGGUUUAAGUAUCUAAUAACUCAUUUUAAAUGAAGAAUGCUUAUCCGCUGAUGAAAAUAGUAUUAUAACGAAUUGGCCACCAUUAGAUGAUUAAGAUUUUGAAGUCAAGCUAUUUUAGCUGUUACUAGAAGCCUCUUAAAGUAACUAAAGCAAAUAAAUAAAAGCAUGCUACAUGUAAACAUUUAAGUAGGAUAUCAUGGUUCUUUUAAAUAAAAUUUAGGAUAUUGAUUUUAGCUACAAUCACUCUGAGAUUUUAAGAAUUUAUAAUCAGGUUUCUUAAAAAGAUAAACUAAGAUAAUUCCUCACAAAGAAGAUUAGUGAAGAAGAAAUCUAAUUCUAUGUUUAAAAUAUGAUGUAGAACACUUAAAAUAGUGAGAUCUAAAUUAAAUGUGCAUUAAAAAAUUAUGAAAGAUAUCACAAUGUUUCUAAUUUAAAAGCUUAUCAACAUCUUUUUAGCUGCAUUAUUGACUAAUUAGAAACAUUUGUUAAAAACUUAGAAAUAAAUUAAGAGGAAUAAACAGAAUUAGAUUAAAUUUCAGAAUAAAUAUCUUAAAUAUAAAAUUCCAAAACAAUUUAAAUUUAAAAUAAUUUACAAUUUUUUUCUGAAGCAUAAAAUAAUUUGAUUGAAAAACUACUUGAAAAAAAGAAUUUGAAUAGCCUAAAAAUAAAUUAGAUUAAUCAAAAAGUCUUAGAAAUAUAAAAUAGCAUGAUUAACAAUAUUUAUGAUUAAUUAAGUUAUAAUAGUUAACACCUAGAUACUAAAAAAUUACUUCAACCAACUUAAAUCAGCAUGUACUAAAAUCAGCUAUUUUAUUUUGAUUAUCCUAUUUGCUAAACUGAUUUAAAUAAGUAUUUUAAAAUUAAAGUCAAAAAAGCAGAUGGUUUUCUUGGUAUAGGAAUUUUGAAUAAAACUGAUACUCCAAUUUCAUAACAAAAAUUCUCAGAUCUCAUCUAAUACAAUUUAUACUAUUAUCUAAUUUCUUCAGACGGGUUUUCAUGGAAUUAAGAAGAUAUUAGCUAAAACAAAGUUUAAAAUUCUUUUUAAUUCUUUGACAAAGAUGUUAUCCUAGUAAAAUUAGAGAAAAAUUACAUAACCUUUAAAAAAGAGUUUUCAGAAGAUGAUUUAUUUAUUAUGAGAUUUACAUAUAAUCCUAAUAAAGAGUAUUAUUUUUGUUGUUAUAGAGAUUCUGGCUUAAGCGAUAUCCAGCUUACUCUAUGA